AUGGAAAUAUUUAUUAUAGAUGAAGAACUAACCUACUUUUUCAAACAAUCUAAACUUAGGUCAAAAGUUAAUGAGAAAUUAGGUUUAUUUUGUUUAGAAUUAUUGAUAAUGAAAAUCGACGAAUCAAAUGGAACUACAAACAGUAAUAUUGUUAGAGAAUUAAAAAGAGCAACUACAGUAAAUUAUGUUUAUGAAGAUGAAGAGUCAAAGGGUAAAAUGAAACCAUUAAAUGGAUUUGUUGGUCCAAUGUUAACAGAUUUAUAUCAAAUUACGAUGGCAUAUUCACUUUGGAAGAAUAAUAGACACGAAAUCCCAUCAGUAUUUGAUUUGUAUUUUAGAAAAUCACCAUUUGGUGGCGAAUUUACAGUUUUUGCAGGUUUAGAAGAGGUAAUCAGAUUUGUAAAUGAUUUUCACUAUACCAAAGAAAAUUUAAAUCAUAUUCGUGAAAUGAUCCCAGAAUGUGACGAAGAGUUUUUAGAAUAUCUUGGCAAGUUAGAUUCAUCAAAAGUUACCUUAUAUGCCAUUAAGGAGGGUAGUGUUGUGUUCCCAAGAAUUCCCUUGCUUCGUGUCGAAGGUCCAAUGAUUUUAUGUCAACUGUUUGAAACUACACUUUUAUGUUUAAUUAAUUUUGCUAGUUUGGUAGCCACUAAUGCCGCACGUCAUCGUAUUGCUGUUGGUAAAGAUAAAGUAAUGCUAGAGUUUGGUUUAAGAAGAGCCCAAGGACCUGAUGGGGCAAUGUCUGCUUCACGUUACUCUUAUUUAGGGGGUGCUGAUGGUACUUCAAAUGUGUUAGCCUAUUGUUUCUUUGGUAUUCCAAUCCGUGGUACUCAUGCUCAUUCAUUUGUAACUAGCUACAGUAAAUCAGAAGAAUUACACGAUCCUACAAUAAAAGAUAAAAAUGGUAAAGUUCAUAAUCUCUUGGAAUUAGCAAUGCAAUUUCGUGAUGAGUUGGGCUACACCACAACUAUUGUAAGCGAAUUAGUUGCUUUUGUUGCCUAUGCUCGUACAUUCCCAAAUGGUUUAGUUGCUUUGGUAGAUACAUACGAUACUCUUGCUUCUGGUGUUCCAAAUUUCCUUUGUGUAGCUUUGGCAUUAAAUAAAAUUGGUUAUAAAGCAGUUGGUAUUCGUUUGGAUAGUGGUGAUUUAUCAUAUCUUUCAAAAGCCACAAGAAAAAUGUUUAAAGAAGUCGGUGAAAAGUACCAUUUAGAUUAUUUUGCUAAAUUCCAAAUUGUUGCCUCAAAUGAUCUCAACGAACCAACUAUCAUAGCACUAAAUAGACAAGGCCAUGAAAUCGAUGUCUUUGCCAUUGGUACUAACCUCGUUACCUGCCAAGCCCAACCAGCUUUAGGAUGUGUUUAUAAAUUGGUCGAAAUCAAUGGCUCACCUCGUAUUAAGCUUUCACAUGAAGCAAAUAAAAUCACUUUACCAGGUAGAAAAGAAGCUUAUCGUUUAUAUGGCGGUGAAGGACAUCCACUUGUUGAUAUUUUAAUUAGCCAAAAUGCCGCUGAUCAUGAAAAACAAAUCCCAGAGGUUGGUAAACGUGUUUUAUGCCUUCAUCCAUUCGAGGAACAAAAAAGAGUUAUUGUUACCCCUCAAAAAGUUGAAAAGCUUCACCAUAUAGUGUUCCAAAAUGGUAAACCAACCAUCGACCUCCCAUCUUUAGAAGAAAUCAGAAACUAUUGCUUUGAUCAAAUUUCAAAAAUUAGAGAAGAUCACCUUCGUAAUAGUAAUCCAACUCCUUAUAAAGUUAGUAUAACAAAAGAACUUUAUGAUACACUUCAUAAUUUAUGGUUACAAUCAGUGCCAAUCAAAGAAAUGAAAUAA